AUGCGUCUGGAUAUCGGGAAUAUCCAUCCUUGGGUACUCAUCCGCCCUCCAGCUCAGAUGACUCUCAAAUGGUACCCGCGCAAUUUCACGGCUCUUCGGACCUUUGCAGCUACAGAGACAGUGAACUACUUCGACGACUCCAUAUACAAUGUGCAGCUCGGUUUGUACGUAGUCGGCUACAAAGAGGCACAAGACGACAAUUUGAGAAAAUUCGUCCCACAACAUCGAGUUCUAGCCAGAUUGGCUACUUAUCAAAAUCGGGUCGACGAGCAGCAUCGGUGGAAUCCUAUCAUUGAAAGUUAUCAGCUGGACCGAGUCGACGAAUGGUACCUUAGCCGAUAUGAAAUGCAUGAGGAGCUCUUUACCUACAGAUUAGGCUACCUCAAACUGGCUCCUAUGGUACAGACUGAAACUCAGGCAACAACCGAUAGAGGCCGAAUAGUGGAUCUUCCUGAAGGGUAUUCGCGAGAGAUGUGUCACAGCUGGUUCGACGAGGAUGGAGCUCUAUCGAACUUCAUUCGUGAGACAGAGACAAAUUCCAGUUGUCCAUGUAAGGAGGAGCAGGCAAAAAUGGAUAUUGGACGAUUCAUGCCUCAUCCCAGAUGCAGUGCGUUGUUUCGUGACGUAUCGUGUACGGAGACGCUUGGCUCGAUGAACUGCUACAUGUCGGCGCAAAAUGUGCGCGGGUUCAACGUACCGCAUGAACUACGAAGGCCAAUGAUAUCUGCUCCGAUUUCGUUGCACUGGCUCUGGACCCUACCACCCGAAGGAGAAUUUCAAGGAAAUAAGCAGGACAAGCAGGAGAAGCUUACCUUUCGUCAAGGAGAAGUUGGUUCGACGAAGGAUGGAGCUCUAUCGAACUUCAUUCGUGAGACAGAGACAAAUUCCAGUUGUCCAUGUAAGGAGGAGCAGGCAAAAAUGGAUAUCGGACGAUUCAUGCCUCAUCCCAGAUGUAGUGCGCUAUUUCGUGACGUCUCUUGUACGGAGACGCUUGGCUCGAUGAACUGCUACAUGUCGGCGCAAAAUGUGCGCGGUUCAACGUACCGCAUGAACUACGAAGGUCGUGAACAAGAGAGCGCCUACUUCCACCCACUAUGGGCAGACCUGUUGCUACGACGCACAAGGUUUCUUGAUGCAGUCCACUUACCAGCCAGGUUGUCAAGGGAGCUGAUAAUUAUUUGGCUAUUGCAGAUUGACGAAAGCACACCGUACUCUCCAGGAGUACCAACCCGAGCAUUUGAGCUGGGCAGCGCACCUUUUCAAGGCAUGUUCGAGGUCCCCGGACUGUCAACCUUUCAUCACGAUAUAAUGCCGUACUAUCUUUGUUGUAAGUUCGCUGACUUCCGCUGUCAACUGUUCUAUUGGAGACGGCCAUCCAGUGCUUGUCAAGCGUACGAACCUGCUGUCAGUGGCUCAAUCCUCGGUGCGGGAAUCGUGUCGACAUUGAAUAAUCGGAAUUUCAUAUUCAACGAACCGGGCAUCUUCACCCUGUUGCACUCUCACAGAACAAGUUCUACGCCAGAAGUACAGAUUCAAGUACGAAUGGAGCGAUUUCCAGAUCGAAGCGUUGACUUUGGUGCUCUAAACAUCGCUCAACGAGAUCUCGUUCAGCCAACGAAUGCUACCGUCAUCACUGGAGUUGUGCUUUCUUCGGAGUCAGCCGACAGAGUACAUGUCGUAUUGCGUAAGGACACCUACAGACAGCGUUAUAAGACAUCAGUCAUUGUUGGCAACGUGAUACGGUAUUUCGACAACAUGCACAUUCAGCGCUUCCGAGGGGUCACAGUUUACGUGAACAACGUGGAAAAAGGCCAGUCCGAAAUCUACGUGGUGCUGGAUGAAGCGCAGAUUGGACUGCGAAUAAGAGAGUCAUACGCUAUCGACAUCGAUAGAAAGUUCAAUUAUAUGGAAAGCCUUGGUUUGCUAGAUGUGCAGAUAUCGGUUCCACCUCAGUAUAAAGUCCUCAGUAGCCCAUCGAUGACUCGAACAGCCGACACUCCUCGCGUCGAAGGUCUUAUCAAUCCGUUCCCGGAAGAGCCGUUCCAACAGCAAUUCUCCCAACUCACAUGGACCAGCGUUAACGAUCAAAGCAUUCGAGGACAACUUAUGAAGUGUAGGUCAUGCUGUAAAAUGGAAAAUAAAGAUAGUGCAGAAAACGCUCUACAAAAAGCCCGCAGAUGA